UUUUUUUUUAUAUAUUUUACAAUGUCAAAAAAAUCAUGUCUGUUAAUGAUAGGUGUAGAACAUAACUUAUAUGAACAGUGCCGCAUAAGUUAUCAGAAACUUAAUGAAUAUGGUGAAACAGGAACUCAACAUUGCAACAAUUGUUAAUAUCCGUCCAUCAACGUCCACAUCAAAAACGCAGAAAAUUACCUGAACUGCAAACCCGCACAAGAUCAAUAUACUCUAGAAAUAAAACACGCUGUAUAGUCGUCUAUGUUUUUUUUCGUAGGUAUGUAUAUCGUUCCUACCAAAUGCUGCGAUGAAUUUACAUAUUUAACAAUUAUAAGUAAAUAUUAUUCAGUAGUAAAUGUACUUCAAUAACCUACGCUCUCAGCGCAAUUAUAAUAAAUUCUAAGUAGAAUUGUUUUAUGUACUAUAUUGUCAAUCUGUACUUUACAUAAUAAAAUGCCCACCACGUUUAUCUACACUAUCUCCUUUGUUUAUAUACAUUUUUUACAUAAAAAAUUCAUUUGUCAAACUUACAGACAUUUAUAACCAAUCGAAUUAGUCUCAUUUCAAUUUCAUAUUUUGUUGCGCAGCUAUUUGUCUUAAUGUAAAAAAGCACGAAAUAAGAAUCACGAUUGAAUGUAAAAAUAUAUAAUAUAAUUUAAAAAAAUUGAUAUCGUAUACCUAAUAAGUUACAAAAUUUAAUAAUCAACAUGUAUAAAGCAUACAUUUCAAUAGAAAAGAAUAAAUUGUUUUAUAAACGAAAGUAAAAAAAAAAAUAUAAAAAAGUAAAACAAAACUUUCACUGUACAUAAAAGAAUUAAAUUAAUAAAAACGGCUAAUUUUUCAUAAGCAUCUAUGUUUAUAAACAGCAGACAAAUUUCUAGUGUUGCCAUUUAAUAGGUUGAGUAAAUUACCAACAAAAUUAUAACAUAGAAAACAUGGAAUGAUUAGUAUUUUUUUGAAACAACAGUCGUUAUCUACUUACAAUUAUUUACUUCAAUUUAUAUUAAUACAUAACAUCAUAACCAUAAUUGUCGCACAAUCACAAUUGACUAUAAGUGACAAGACGUUUCAUGACAGUCCAUAUACGUUUUCACACAUUUAGUAGUUUUUGAAAGUUCUGUUUUUUACCGUUAUAAGAUAUUUUUUCUCCAGGCAACACUAGAUACCUGUCAUUAUCGUAGUGUCAGAGCACGAAGCGUAUGUUACCGAUCAUCGCCAAACAAUAGUUUGGCGAAAUAUGUCCAUCAGCUAUGCUCGUCAAUAUUUGCUAAUAUAUGAGUAUAUAGAUGGUAGUUUAUGACUUGUUUCACUUUGUAGUCAAGAUUUGACAGGCCGUCUUUGACGAAUGAUUUACUUUGUGACAGGAGCUGGUACCUUUUAGGAUUAGGUCGUUGUUUUUUGUGUGUCAACAUUUCGUAUCGCGCUAUAGACAUUGGGUACCUUGCUAUGUGGUAAUUAUUUAUUUUUAACCUAUCCGACAUAUCAUCAUCCUCGCCGCCCCACCCCCAGUACUUGUUCGAGUAGCCAUUAACUUUGCGUAGUUGCUCAUUAGUCAUGGCUGAAACGCCACCGAACAAGGUUUUGUAUGGUAACUUAUAUUUAAACACAUCGACAGCUGCCGAGAGAUGGCGCGGCUGUGUAGUGCAGGAAUAAAGGUUCCUAGUGUCUGUGGGCAGCAGGUCGAUGUCGUGGAAGAUGAAACAUGUGAAGUUAGGCUCCAGUCUCUGACUCUCCACGUACCCCACGUUCAUCAGCUUGGCACGGUUGAAAGGUUUGUCACCUUCUUGUUCAAUAAUGAAUAUUCCAUAUUCAAUUUGUUGUUUCAUUAAGAACGGAUGCAUGUGGUUAAGGAAUACUGCUAAAUGUUGCUGUCGAUCUCUGAAUGGCACUAUGAUGGCGACUUUAUGUCUUGCGGUGCAGUUGGGGGGGCUGUAUCUACCUCCGAAUUGCACUUCUGGAUAUUUCUUUUCUAUCGUCGCUAAAUCCAUGUCAGUUUUAUUGGCUUGUAUGGGACCCAAGUCUGUAGGAAGCUCACACAUCGGCAGACUACUCGAAUCAUUUUUGUUAGUGUUACUCAUAUCUGUAGUUUCAUUGUUUAAGCUGUCCAUCAACUUGUUUAAGAGGAUGGAGCUCUGUGUCGACUGUGAUUGUUCAAUCAUCACUUUGUUACCCAUCGUUUGGUUGUUAUGUAUACUUUGGUUCUUGUAAACUGGCAUCGUAUUUGUCGUGUUUACUGUUGGGGGUUUCAUCAAAUUCAACAUCGCACCACGAUUACCAGUCAACAAUUGUGUUUUGUCGGAGUUUAAGUAGGUCCUGAGCGGAGAAGCGUCGAGUAUGGAGCCGAAGAGAUACUCGACUGCUGCUAGUGCCAACACGAAGAGUAGUAGGAGGCGCAGGACGCGAGACGCGCGCCCGCCCCCUGCGCUUCCGCUGCCGCCCAUCAAGGCAUGCAGGGCGCGCGCGCACACGCCGACCUCUGAGAGAAAGUGAUGUGCAAGGAAGGUGGUCGAUGGAAGUGUCCCAUUCUUGUCAGUGGAUACUUGUACAACGAUGCCGCGCCAUUACACCCAUUCUGUCUGUAACAAAGAAAUAAAUAUAGGUUUAGUAUGAGGGUGUUAUAAAAAAUUAAAAC